CAUUUCCGCCGUCCACUUCCCUUUCCUGUUAAGUAAGUUCUUGCUGCGAGCUUCCCUCUCUCUUCCUUCUCUAGUUUUCUACCGCAUGGGGCACCUCUCUUCUCCUCCUUCUUCUUCUUUUUCUUCUUCCUUUUCUUCCAAACGUAUUAUGACAAGCUCCGGAAGAGAGCAAGAGACGCCUCGGAGAAGCUGCUUCCAGGAUGGCUAGAUGGGAUGGUCUCGCCAUGGAGCAGGGGCUCUUCCCUAAGCUGCAAUUCCCCUAGGCAGGGCAGGGGCCACGGAGACGUCUGGCUAGCCCUUGGGCUCGGAAUAAGUACCCAGUGUGGGCCAGAAGGGCUGAAGAGGGCUCCCCAUGCCGACCGUUUGCGAAGUGGGGAAGCAGUACCCAGAGCCGCCGUACCCGGACAGACCCCUUCCAAUGUCCCAGCAUGAGACUUCUCCAGCUGCACUGCGGAGGGCCAGCAACCACCGACGGGGCAACCCCUGCUGCUUGUGCUGGUGCUGCUGUUGCAGCUGCUCCUGGAAUGAAGACCGGGAAAGGGCCUGGAGAGCAUCUCGCGAAACGAAAUUGGAGACCAUUCCAAACUGUGAAUCCUGCAACAAACCCACCACCGAAGAAGUCAAGGUCUGGUCUCAGUCAUUUGACAAGUUGAUGAAAACCCCAGCUGGCAGGAACGUGUUUCGGGAGUUCUUACGGACUGAAUACAGCGAGGAAAAUAUGCUCUUUUGGUUAGCUUGCGAGGAGCUCAAAAGCAAAUGCAACAAGCGAGACAUCGACGAGAAAGCACGAGAAAUCUAUGAAGAUUACAUCUCCAUCCUUUCUCCCAAGGAGGUCAGCUUGGACUCCCGUGUCCGCGAAGGCAUCAACCGCAAGAUGCAGGAGCCCUCUUUGCACACCUUCGACGAUGCGCAGCUACAGAUUUACACGCUUAUGCAUAGAGACUCCUACCCCCGUUUUCUGAACUCUGCCAUAUACAAAGCUCUCCUCCAGAGUGUCUCUCGGUCAUCUUCGGAGUCUUAAGCCCUUCUGUACCAUUGAUAGAGACACCAAGUGAAGGAUACAACAGGUGUUACUGGUUUUUCCCCUCCCCACUCUUCUUUAAAAAAAAAAUCUCCCAAAUGAGCUUACAGAACAAAAUAGACUGAAGACAUAACCCAGCUGAGUUCUGGCCACAGACAAUAGUCCUGUCAUUGGAAAGGUGACUCCACAACUUUCUGCCCGCUUUUCUUCCGUCAGAAAAGGGCCGGUGCCAGCCGCCAUCAAGAACUCCAAACUUGGGCUUCUACUUCCAUUACAGAAUGUGGGCCUAGAGAUGGAGAAUGCAGAACGGAGCAAGUAACCAGCAACGGACUGGGAUCUAGACCUCUGGGGUCACAUAGCAGAAGAAACAGGCCAAAGCCCAUAUCUCCUGGAUGUUUUGAUCUCACUCUUGGAUUUGUGUUUUGUUUGUUUUUUUAAAUUCCUUCCAUGUUGAUUUAAGAAUGAUUUCCAUGCUGUCCUUGUAGAUGCAACAAAUCUCGGACAGUUGGCGUGGAAACUGCGGUUAGAGCAAUGUUUAUGGAAUUAAGAGAAGUUCAGACGUUAUAAAAAGUAUGUUCAGGUUU